AAGAACAUCACCACUGUGUGUGUUUAUUAGAAGCAGCAGGAACUCUGCGGGGAACUGGGAACUUUGUCGCGCUCUGAAGCCGAGCUGAUGGAAGCCAACCAGCAGCUGAGGGCCAAAGUGGACAACAUGAGGGAGGAGCUGAGGAGCGUGCGGGCUCAAGCGGAGAGGAGCCAACACGAGGCUGAGAGGCGCGUGGAGGAGAGUCACCUGGUCUGGUUGGAGGACAAACACAAGCUGCAGGAGCGCCAGGCCAAGAUGGAAGAGAAGUACUCUCAGCUGAAAGAGAAGUUGCAGAAGGCAGCUGUCGCUCAGAAGAAGAGGAGAAGUCAGAGCCAGAAGAAAGAGAGAAGUCUGCAGAACACCAUCCAGCUUCUAGAAGCACAAAUGGAACAAAUCAAACUGGAAGCUGCUGCUGCCAACAAACGUCCUCUCCAGUGGGAGGAACAUGCUCAGAUGCGCAGAAGGUUACGGGAACUUCAGAGAAGACACGGCGAGUUCCGGCGCCUCCUGCUGGGCGACCACAGUUCCUUCACCUUAGGCCCCGCCCUUCUGACCUCCACGCAGAAGUCCUGUGUGGAGGAAGAGGAGGAGAUGCUUCAGUUGCGGCAGCGCAUGGACCAGCUGGAAGUAGCUCAGCAGCAGCAGCUCCAAGAACUGGGAGGUCUGGUGCACCUGGACCCUCAGGUGGACCUCUGACACCUGGACCCUCAGGUGGACCUCUGACACCUGGACCCUCAGGUGGACCUCUGACACCUGGACCCUCAGGUGGACCUCUGACACCUGGACCCUCAGGUGGACCUCUGACACCUGGACCCUCAGGUGGACCUCUGACACCUGG